CUGUUUACUCUUUUCCAUAGAUGCUGCCUGACCUGCUGAUGAAGGGCCUCAGCCCAAGCUUCAACUGUGGAGCUCCUGGCCCGCUGAGUUCCUCCAGAAUUUUGUGUGUGUUGCUUGGAUUUCCCGCAUCGGCAGAUCUUCUCGUGUCUGAAAGAGUUUCCCUUACUUCCCUUUCACAUCCAAAUUAUUGUAAAUUACCCCUAAUGUAGAUAGGAGGAUAUGCAUUUAAUGGGUAUUUGUGUGUGUGUGUGUGUGUGUGUGUGUGUGUGUGUGUGUGUGUGUGUGUGUGAGAGAGAGAGAGAGAAUGUGUUACAUGGAAGUAAGUGGGGAAAAGGAUUGAUGGGCUUUCUCUGAUAGUUGGCAUUGACUUAAUGGUCUAAUCACUUUGAGAUGAGUACAUUUAAUGAAAGGAUGGAGGCAUUGGUAGAUGACAAGGGAAAAUUUGGUUAAUUAGCAACAAAUAAGCUCUGAAUUUAUUGUUGUCUAUUUAAUGUUAUGGCCUGUAUUUUUAAUCUUAUGUUAAUAUUGCAGCCCUGAGAAUCUGUGAGAACUGAUCCAAGAACAUAAACCUCCUAAGAAAAUUCUUCUCGUGUGUCCAUGGCAUAAACUAAUUUGGGCAAUCUCCACAGUAAUUCAUUUCCCAUGGUUACAAUGAUCUGCAGCAAAUCAGUCAGCAACAAAUAAUCAAAUGUAUGGGUCACUGCAUCUUGUACCACUGUAGAAAAUGAAGGAUUUACUUGAAUUGCUAUUUUAGGAGACAUUUGACCUAGAAAUAGUAACAGCUGAGAAUGCAGUGAGGAAAUACUUUUUAACACAGAGCCUGAAGAAAAGCCACACACACAAAAUAUUGAAAGAACCCAACAGGUCAGGCAGCAUCUGUGUAAAUGAACAAAUGUUUUAGGCCAAGGACAUUCUUCGGGACUGGAAAGGAAGGAGGAAAAUGUGGGUGGAGGAGAAGGAAGACAAGCUAAAAGUGAUAGUUGAAGCCAGAUAAGUGAGAAAGGUCAAGGGCUGGAGAGGACGGAAUCUGAUAGGAGAGGAGAGUAGACCAUUGGAGAAAAGGAAGAAAGAGGAGCACAAGGGGGAGGUGGUAUGCAGAUAAAAUGAGAUAAAAGACCAGAGUGGGGAAUUGAAGAGGAUGAGGUGAGAACUUUUUUACUUAGAGGAGAAAUUGAUAUUCAUGCCAUCAUAAUGGAGGCCACCCAGAUGGAAUAUAAGGUGUUGCCUCAUCUUAGGACAAGAGGAGGCCAUGGUCUGACAUGUAAGAAUGGGAAUGGGAUUUGGAAUUAAAAUGUCUGCCACUGGGAAGUUCCGCUUUUGGCAGAUGGAGCGGAGGUGCUUGACAAAGCAGUUCACCAAUUUACUAUGUAUCUCACCAUUGUAGAGAAGGCCACAUCGGGAGCACUGGAUAAAAUAGAUGACCCCAGCAGAUUCACAGGUGAAGUGUUGCCUCAUCUGGAAGUACUGUUUAGGGCCCUGAAUGGAGGUGAGGGAGGAAGUGAGGCAGAUGCAGGUAGCACUUGGCUACCUGCAGAGACAAGUGCCAAGAGGGAGAAUAGUAGGUAGGGGUGAAUGGACAAGGUAAUCAUGGGGGGAGCAAUCCCUGCAGAAAGCUGAGAGUGGUGGGGGGAGGUAAAGAUGCAUUUGUUGGUAGGGUCCCUUUGGAGAUGGCAGAAGUUGCACAGAAUGAUGUGUUGGACGCAAAGGCUCAUGGGGUGGUAGGUUAGCACAAGAGGAGCUCUAGCACUGUUAAGACAGCAAGAGGGAAGAUGACUGAGUGUGGAUGUCCGGGAAAUGGAGGAGAUGUGAGUGAGGGCAACAUCAAUGAUGGAGGAAAGGAAACCACGUUCUUUGAAGAAAAAAGGCAUCACUGACACCCUGGUAAGGAAAGCAGUCAGGAGUGCUGAAGUUGAGCUGGUUGGUUUCUCAUUUGAAUAGAAUUCCAUAUACGAAGGACCCUUUUUACAGGGAUCUGGACAAAGAACAGAGGACUGGGACUAAGGAUAUCAUUCCCUGAAAAAGCCAUCACAUUCCUGAUAUGCAACUGUCCACUUUUCAUGUCAUGCCAUUCAGUGCUUUGAACCUAGAAUUUUAAAAAACGACAAAUGUUGCUUUAAUUCUUUGAGUGCUUUUCUAAAUCAUUUUUAAUUGUAGCAUCUGCAAGAUUGGCAUUCAGAACAAUGCUCAGACAUUUAACAAAUUACUGUCUAGAUUUAACUAAAGGACAUCACAAUGCCUUUGCUUUCCAAUCGAUAAGUGUUGUAACAGCUCUUAGAGAGGGCUUGACAUUUCUUGUAUUACUUUGGCAUGUUCUUUGCGGUGGGUGGAGAUGUGAAAUGUAGAAUUCUACCUGGCAGUGUUUUUCAUUAUCAGUGGAGCAAGGAGUAGAUGCAAUGCUGAAGCAGGGGACUAUAUACACCAUUAUUAUCUACAAUGUAUGAAUGAAACUUUAUUUAAAUGAUUGGCAUGAUUCUCCCAUGAGGUAACUUUUAAAAUUAUUGAAUUAGGCUCUUCUUAAACUGCUUACUGAAGAAAUUCUUUAAAUUUCUGCGGUGUGUUUGGAUUUAUGAAAUGGAUUGUAUUUCUGGUGAUCUCUUGUUUCAAUGCAGGAAUUUAGAUCUACAAGAUUGGCUAAGAAAACGCAGAAUAUAUAUUCAGCAAAAUCAAGAUUGGCAUGGUAAAACAGGUCUUUUGUCUGAAACUUGUACAACAAGUACAAUAUGGGUGAAAUGGACUUCCAGUUGGCCAUUUAAAAUAAUGGAGAAACCAGGCAUGACAGCCCGAUUAUUUCUUAACCUGUCUUCCCUGCAAGCUCUGCUAAGAUUGAGGCAUCACUUUAAUCAUUUUAGUUCACCUUUUGGAAAUAACAUUAACGUUUCUAAGUUAAAUGACUUCAUUUCAAAAGAUCGCCAAUCUGAAACUGUUAAUUCUGUUUUGCUCUUCAUAGGUGUUGGGUUUUUCCAACAUUUUCUGAUUCAUUUCGAAUUUUUCCCAUCUGCAGCAUUUUGCUUUUGGAUUAUUCCAUAUGGAAAGAAUAUUAGGAGCUGUUCAGGAAAGGAUAAUGAACUGAAAUACUUGCAGUUUCUCAAAGAUAUAACCGAUGAUAUUUUGUUCAGAGGUUAUCAUUCAAACAAGAUCCUGGAAGAUGUUUUCCAAAAACACAUUGAAAGAAACAAGCAUUAUCUUAAUGAGGAUAAGCUGAAAAACAUUCUUCAAAACCUGAGAGAUGAACUACAAACAGAUCCAAUCAUCAGUUCCUCAGAAUAAGGUGCAGCAAUACAGAAGCCUUGCCAUCUUAAACAGAGAUUCAAUCCUCUAAGGACAAUAGUAAAAAAAAAAUGUGAUUAGAAUGAUAAUGUGGACUUACUUGAUAAUGAAAGCAACGCAUUUCAAGGAAUUACUUCUGACAUGAAAAUACAAUCAACGAUGCACUCAACUAAACAAUAUUUAUUCAAAGCAAAUUACUUGCUAUUUAUUCUAAUAUCUUAACUAUUCCUGCCCAUGCAAAUGAAUGGAGUUGCUGUAUCUGUACUUACGUUCUUAUGGUUGAAACCCAGUGUAGUUGCUGGAAUUUCAGCAGCUUUAUGUUCUGCCACCGCACUGCAGCAACAACUUGCACAAAAUGCAGGUUAUUGUGUAGGUUUGAACAAAUUCUUGCAAGCAUGCCACAAUUACCAAACUUAAAGUUGGCCAAAUCUUUCUUUCUUUUUCAAUCUUUUUAUUAGUUUCAUAAAAUAUA